GCAAAUAUAUUCCUCAUGCAAAGUCAAGACCGUAGGACACAAUGGGUGGAAUAUCCAAAUGACUUAUGUACAACCAUAUUGCGUCCAAAUCAGAUUCACCACUUUUACUUUUUGCCCUUCAGGGAGCAACCCAUCUACAGCACCCGAGCUCAUGUCUUCCAGAUCGAUCCUAAUACAAAGAAGAACUGGGUUCCCACCAGCAAGCAUGCUGUUACUGUAUCCUACUUCUAUGACAGCACAAGAAAUGUCUAUAGGAUAAUCAGUUUGGAUGGCUCAAAGGCAAUAAUAAAUAGUACCAUCACGCCCAACAUGACAUUCACGAAAACAUCACAGAAGUUUGGCCAGUGGGCAGAUAGCAGAGCAAAUACCGUGUAUGGCUUGGGAUUUUCCUCUGAACAUCAUCUUUCGAAAUUUGCAGAAAAAUUUCAGGAAUUUAAAGAAGCCGCAAGACUAGCUAAGGAGAAAUCCCAAGAAAAGAUGGAAUUAACAAGUACACCUUCACAGGAAUCUGCAGGAGGUGAUAUUCAAUCCCCUCUUACGCCUGAGAGCAUUAAUGGGACAGAUGAUGAAAGAACAACUCCAGAAGUGACCCAAAACUCAGAACCAAGGGCUGAACCCACCCAGAAUGCUUUGCCAUUUGCACAUAGUUCAGCAAUCAGCAAGCACUGGGAGGCAGAACUCGCUACACUCAAGGGUAACAAUGCCAAGCUUACAGCAGCUCUGCUCGAGUCCACUGCCAAUGUGAAACAAUGGAAACAACAGCUUGCGGCAUAUCAGGAGGAAGCAGAACGUCUACAUAAGCGGGUGACUGAGCUGGAGUGUGUUAGUAGUCAAGCAAAUGCAGUCCACACUCAUAAAACAGAACUAAACCAGACAAUACAAGAAUUAGAAGCAACAUUGAAGAAAAAGGAGGAGGAAAUAGAAACAUUGAGACAAGAAAUUAAUAAUGCCCGAGAGCUUCAGGCACAGAGAGACUCCUUAACUCAGAAGCUACAAGAAGUGGAAAUUCGGAACAAAGACCUAGAAGGACAGCUCUCUGAUCUUGAACAACGUCUGGAAAAAAGUCAGAAUGAACAAGAAGCUUUUCGCAAUAACUUGAAAACACUUUUAGAAAUUCUCGAUGGCAAAAUCUUUGAACUAUCAGAACUGCGAGAUAGCCUGGCCAAGCUAAUAGAAUGCAGCUAAAGGAAAUGGAAUCUCAGUGCCAAACAUCUUAAAGAUGCACUGUCUCUCUUCAUAGGACUUUGUUGGGCUCUGCAUCAAAGUUGCACAAAAUUAGGAAAAAAAGUGCUCCCCCAGGAGGGCCUAUUUUAAAUUUUCAGCAGCAUAUUUCAGUGUAAAAUUUUAGAAUCCAGCUUGUAGGUAGUUGAAAAAAAUAAAAUAACUUGAAUUACAAAUUACCUCCUUGUAUAUAAUUGGCCAUAGAUAACUCGAAAGAUAUUAACAGUAACUGAAUGCAAUCCUUUUCUAAUUAUUAGUCAGUGAAAGAAUGAGAAGUGCCCCAGGUGACGUCCCUUUUAGCGUUAGACACAAUGUUGACGAUCUGCUUUUUCCCCUCCUUUUCCUUUUCCUUUUUGUUAAGGUACCUAAUUGCUGUGUUUUGUGCAAGAACUUUGUGAUGACAGCCCUUGUCUUUUGUUGUAAUCUUAAUAAUUUCUCAGGAUAUUUUGCACUGUUGAGAAACAGUGCAUUACCAAUUAAUUCUUGCCAGGAGUGAGAGAGAGUUGCAUCUUUAAUUCAACCUAAUGAAUAACUGCUUGUAUAGAGUUCUUCCCUUUUUUAUACUGGAAGAUACUGUAUUUAUUUACAAUGUUCACUCUGGUGUUCUAUAAUAUUGUCCAGUGUAUGGUUUACUUUUCCCUAUUUUAUGUCCAUGUAUGUAGAAGUUCUGUAUCCCAUUUUGUCAUACAUUUUGAAGCCAAUCAAUGAAGACAGGUGAGUCCCUCCAUGUAUUUUAAAAUUUGGUAUAUACAGAUAAGGAUCAAACUAGUCUUAUUAAAUAUCACACAGGUUUAAUGUUAAUUGUUACUUACAAUAUUUUACUGUUUUUUUAAGCAGGAAAUCUCAUU